AAUGCUGAAGUUUCAGCAACGUCAAAAUUUUCGAAUCGCGAAAACAUUAAUCGGAGCAAAAUAAACAGUUCCAUGGAGAAUUCAAAAAUUGUGCAACUACACGAAAUCAUCAAGAAUUCACUUGCAACGUAUCUCAGUUAUAAAUGGUCUGCGGACAAGUUAUAUCUCAAAAAAAGGAAGAAGAAAUACCAAAAGGAGGAAAAUCACAAGAAGAAAAAGCCCGUCAGUUUGGAUAGGGAACGAUCGGUUAUAAAUUUGGAGAACAACGUUUUCAUAUACGACGCUAGGGACAAAACUUUUACUCAGCUUGAUUUAUGUGACUGUUUCAAAAACGGAUUGAAAUACAGGAAAAUUGAUCCUUUCGCAAACGCAACAAAGCCCGUCAAGAAGAAAUACCAACUCUGCGAAUUACAGCAACAAUCUCCGGCAGAGCUUCGUGAAUAUCAGAGCUAUCAACUUGCCGAUGUCAAAGAUAGCGUCGAGCGAAUUUUCAGUAAUCAACUGAUGAAGAGGGGUAAUAACUGGACCAAGGCUAUCAACAAUUUAUGUCCUUCAAAAUUCGAUCUUUUCAUACAGAAAGAGUUGAAUAAAUGCGCCGGGAAAAAUUUUGAUGUGAAAUCGUUCAAAAUAAACGCAAAACAAGAAACAAGCUCGACCUCCAACGACCAAGUUUGCAGCAGUGCUGCAAUUGGGUACUAUACGAUCACAACGUAUGAUAAUGCUCUGCAGUGCCAGAAUCCCAAUAUCAGUAACAGAAAAGGUAGAAAAUUGAGUACAAAGCAAUGUAAUUUCAUCGGCUUUCGAGAGGAAACAUCAGUAUGCCCGAAAAAAUUGUACAGUAAGGGACUACAAUGCAAGUUGUCCAAUCAUCAUCAGCAGAAGAAAGGGAAGAUUUCUCCAACGAAGGAUCUGGGUGUGCAAUGUUUCUACGCAUCCAAAGGAGAACCGAAAAAGGAUUGCGUUGACGAAAGAAUCGGAGACGUUCGAACGCAAAACAAGAAGACCCCACUGCCGAGACAAAGAAACUUGUCGCCCAAAAAAAUCACGAGGAAAAGGCAUGGCAGUCUGAGUGAUCUCUUCCCGCCUCCCGAGUCCAAAAACGUCGGAAACCUGAUACAAAUCAACAGUAGCGCCGAGAUACGGAGAAUCCUAAACGACGAAUCGGAUUCCAGCUUGACUUUGUCGAACACGGGAGAGUACUUCAGGACGUACCUGAGCCCCAGACCACUCAUGACCUAUUAUCAGACGAGUUCGACUUCCAAAGAUAACAGAGGUGACACAAACGAUGAACGAUACGCCAGAAAUCAACCGAUAGUUAGGGUAAUGGCGGCUGCGAACAAUAAGCAAUUCUCCCACGUCGAUGCCAUAAUUGUCACGGCACAAUCCAAUCAUACCUCCCCUGUCUGUUCGGUGCACUGUAAGAAAAACGAAAUCAUCAAGCAGUGCGACUGUACAUACGAGAGCACCAAACAUAAGAAUCAGGGUCAGGAUUCAUUCAAUCAGCCGUUAGUUCGUACUGUGUGCUCUUCGAAAUGUACCGGGCCUUGUUCAGCGGCUAGAAAGACAGCAGCGACCCUCACAUGUCCGAGCGAUUGCCCAUGUCCGGGCCAAAGAUACGUGGAAAGACGUAACCCCAUGAUACCAUGCGUUUGUCCUCCACCUCCGAGAAAAGCUUGCUGCGAGUGUAACAAAGAGGUGUCCGCGGCUUGCAUUUGCGAUCUUCUGUGCAAUCUAAGGGAGAGGAUCAAGAAACAAACCGAGGUGCAGAAUAGGAACCUUGAUCAGAUACUGGAGGAGCUGGACAAACAGGACAAAGAGAUACAGCUGAUUAGGCAGUUCGUGGAGAAGUCUAAGAAGAAGAAAAAGUACAAAUGCUGUGCCAAGAAGAACGCUGUCUGUUCCUGUUACGCAGCAACGGUGCAAUAUGAUUUCAAUAGUUCUCCGCCAGUUGGUGCAGCAGAGGUAUUCGAAGAGAAUGAAGCGGAUGAAUGUGUUUUACCCGAAGUUGAUGAGAUGAAUGAGGAGGAAGAACCUGAAAUAAUUCAAAUAUUCGGAUCGAAGAACAAACCUGAGAUGAAAAAUGAACAAGCUCUCGAGAAAGAGUCUUGGAAAGCGCUAUGGAAGAAAAAUAGCAGAGGUCCUUUCGCGAACGAAUUCUUCAAGAAGAAAAACAACAUUCGAAAAAAAUGCUCAUCUUCUUCCAAUGGUCCAGAUGAAAAUUCGCAAUCGAGAGAAAAUAAAAAAGAUAACAAGUACAAUAAAUGGUUCUCGAAAUUAGUUUGUUCUAAAAAAGAUUUGAGAAAGAAUGUAUCCUGAUGAUCCCUACACUUCUUGGCGCUAUUUAGGCGGUUCAGUAUCCAUUGUGCAGUCGAAAUUCCGAAGUGAGCUUUGUGUAAUUUUGAAUAAUAAAAUAGCAGAGUGAAGAAAUCUGA